AUGGAGGCCGGCAUCCUCGCGGCCCUCUCGCGCGUCCACAAGCAGGUGUACCUCAUCUGCACCGCCGCGGGGCGCAUCCUCUGGGCCACGGGGUGCACGGAGGACGUCCUGAAGUACCCGCUCCGCGAGCUCGCCGGCCGCUCCUGGCACUCCCUCCUCCACCCCGACGACAUUCCGCGCCUGGUGCAACUAUUCGGGAAAGCCCUCGGGAGCCGGCUGGUGGGCGACGAGGGCGCGGGGGACCCGUCGCGGUCCGUCGUGCGGCUCCGGCAGCUCCCCGUGCAGGUCGUGAAGAAGGACGGGACGUCGAUGAGCGUGGAGCUGUGCAUGGCGCUGGUGCACGAGGUGUGGGAGCACGGCGCGGAGCGCCACGGGCCGCCGCUGCUGCUGAUCCACCUGCACUCGCGGCCGCCGUACGCGGCGGACCUGCAGAAGGGCCGCACCGCGCAGCGCCUGAGCUCGAUCGCGUGGCCACUCCCCCGGGUGGCGUGCUUCCAGCUGACGCCGGACGGGCGGUUCGCGGAGCCGUCGCCCGCGCUCGGCGCGCUGCUCGGGAAGACGCCCGAGGAGCUCGACGGCGCGACCGUCGACGCGGCUGCGCACGCGUCGUCCCGCGAGGGGCUGCGCGCGCUGGUGGCGGCGGCAAUGGACGCGGCGCCGGAGGGCGCCGCGGCGGGCGAGGGCGGCGGAAACAGCGCGAACGGCGCGCAGAGCGCCGCGAACGCCGACGCGUGGGCGUGGCUGCGCACCACGGACGGGCGGCGCGUGCACCGCGUCAAGGUGGCACGCCUGGCCGGGAGCGAGGCGUCCGACCCGACGCUCCACGGGUGCGUGCUCCCCGCGACGGCGGAGACGCGCGGCGACAUGCUCGGGCUCGCGUCGGCCGCGCUCGCGACGGCGCUCGGCGGCCUGCAGGUCUCGGUGGUGCCGCUCGACGCCGCGUGGGCGGUCGCGCCGGCGCUGGCCGUCGGCGCCGUGUGGCCCGCGGGGAUCGCGCCCGGCACGCACAUCUCCGCGCUCGUGCACCCGGAGGACUGGGCGUCUCUCGGGCCCGUCGCGCUGGCCUCGUGCAACACCCCCCCCCAAGUGGGGCACACUGCGGUGGACGCGGACGCCGAGCCGGACGGCGGCGCGCUCCUGCCGCUCGCCACGGCCCCUGCAGCCGCCGGACUGUACGGCGCGGCCGCGGGCGACGCCGACGCCGCGCCGACUCCCCCCGCGACCCUGCGGUGCACCGUCACGUGGAGGUUCCGCUCCAGCCCGUCGUCGGACUGGCGGUGGGUCACGUGCGCGAUCCACCACCUCGCGGUCGCGGAGGGCGCGAACCAGGCCGCGCUCGUGCUGAUCAUCGCGCCGCACGCGGCCGCGCAGCCGAGCUCGAGCAUCGCAGUCGCGCCAGCGCAGCAGGCCGCCAACGGCGCCGACGCGUCGCGGCUCGGCACGCGGAGCAACCAGGCGUGGGAGGCCAUCAUCGUGCAGAUCCGCUCGCUGCUGUCGGACCUCGCCGGGUCGGAGACGGAGCGCCUGGACGACGUGAGCGGCGGAGCCUCGGUGUGGCAGCAGCGGCAGCGGGCGUCGGCGGGCGGGGCGCCGCCGAACACGCAGACGCAGAUCCCCGCCGCGCAGGCCGCCACGCCGGAGCUGGCGUCGACGGAGAUCGGCGGACUUCUCGAGCGCCUAGUGGCCAUGGGCGCGAAGACGACCGACGAGGCGCUGGCGCUCAUGGGCGGCGCGACGCCGCCCGGCAGCGACGGCGGAACGAACUCGGUACAGCUGCUCUAG